UCCCACAGAUCAAUCCUCUCAGUUGCACUAUAGUUUGUGCUCCUCUCUUGCACGAUGGCAUACAGCCUGGCGACCUCCCAGUCCUUCGUCGCAGUCGGCGCAAACUCAACACCGCAUGCCGCUGACUGGUGUCAUGCCUCAAACACAAUCGCCUACGCUGCUGGACGCCUCGUGGCCGUGUGGAGACCGCUUCGGAAACGGGGUCUGUGUGCGACGUUGAAGGGCCAUGCCGAUAAGGUCAAUGUUGUGUGCUUCGUGGGGAGAGGGUGGCUGCUGUCGGGAUCGAGUGAUUGUACCGUCCGCGUGUGGAAACAAACAGAAGAGGAGAGGUGGGAGUGUGUACAAGUCCUGAAAGACCACGCGGGUGCUGUGAACACGAUCGCAAUCCACGAUACCACAAUCGCUACCGGUGCCGCGGACGGCACAGUCUGUAUCUACAGCUUCGACUCCACCUCAACUUCCCCCAUCCCCAUCCUUCAGCAAACGAUCAAAACCGCGCCACUGUACCCACUCGCCAUCGCGCUAACCUCACUUCCCGAUACCUCCCUCCUCCUCGCCCUCGGCGGCUCAAGCACCUCAAUCAAACUCUACACCCGCUCACCCGAGUUUACCUUCUCAGAGCAGGCAACCCUAAAAGGCCACGAAGACUGGAUCCACUCCCUCGCAUUCACCCACGAUCCCUCCUCAAACAACGACAUCCUCCUCGCAUCAGCCUCCCAAGACCGGUACGUGCGGUUAUGGCGCAUAACACCCGUCAAAACAGAACAAGAAAGUACCGAGCAAACCCGGGCGCAGACCUUGGAGGCUGCCUUGUUGACCGGUGUUACGACCACGAGUUCGAGGCGGUCACAGGUGUUUUGUACCACGAGUGGGACGAAAUUUAGUGCGUCGUUUGAGGCAUUGUUGUUGGGGCACGAUGAUUGGGUUCAUUCUGUGUCGUGGCGGCCGGCUCGUGACGCCUCCGCAGAGCUCGUUUUGUUGACUGCGUCGGCGGAUACGAAUUUGAUGACAUGGUCGCCUGAUCCUGAUACCGGGAUUUGGGUGUCUACUGCACGUCUCGGUGAGAUCGCCGCGAAAGGCUCUACCACAGCUACUGGCUCGAGCGGUGGAUUCUGGGGCGGGUUGUGGGGGCCGAACGGUGCGGAAGUCGGGACAUGGGGCAGGAGUGGCGGUUGGCGCCUGUGGAAGGCUUCUUCAGAGGAGGAGGGCUGGGAAGCGAGAGGCGCGGUAGGCGGACAUGUCAGGGAUGUCAAAGCGGUUGCGUGGGAGAAAAGUGGUGCAUAUCUCUUAUCGACGAGUUUGGACCAAACGACGCGUCUUUACGCUCCCUGGACGAAAGAGGGGACCUGGCACGAAUUCGCGAGACCACAGAUUCAUGGGUAUGACAUCAACACCAUCAGUAUGGUCGACUCCUGGCGCUUCGCCUCCGGCGCAGACGAAAAAGUCCUCCGAAUCUUCGAUGCGUCAAAAGCCAUCGUCGGCCUUCUCGAACGACUAUCACUCACCACAAAGGCGGAGGGCGUGGAGGACUUGCCUGAGGCCGCGAACGUUCCCUUGCUUGGGUUAUCGAAUAAAGCCAUGGCGACGAAUACUGCGACGAAUGACCCGAAUAAGGCGGAGGCUGCGGCGCCUGGAGUGGGAUCCGUGUUGGAUACGUUGACCACACCGCCGCUUGAGGAGCAUUUACAGCGGCAUACGUUGUUCCCGGAGAUGGCAAAACUGUAUGGACACGGGUACGAACUCAUCUCCGUUGCUGCCUCACCCGAUGGGAGAUAUGUCGCUAGUGCGUGUAAGGCCUCCACUCCCGAACACGCUGUGAUCAGGAUAUUUGAUAUGAGGGAUUGGAAGGAGGUCGCGAUUCUACCCGGGCAUACGCUUACCGUCACGCGUAUCGUGUUUUCGGGUGAGGGUCGGUGGAUGCUCGCGGUUGGACGGGAUCGGAGUUGGGCGGUUUAUGAGCGGCAGUCUGAGGCGGAGGGUGGAGAAGCGCCGUACAAGUUGGUGAGGAACCAGGUGAAGGCACAUGCGAGGAUUGUGUGGGAUGUGUCUGUCGCUCCUGCGCCGGAGGGUGAGCAGGAGAAGGACGAGGGGUUGGUAUUCGCGACGGGGUCGAGGGAUAAGACUGUCAAGAUCUGGAGGAAUUAUGGGUGUACUGCGACGAUUAAACUCCCCGAGCCUGUUACCGCAUUAGAGUUCUCUUCUUCGACGCUGGAUGGGUCACUCAUCCUCGCUGUCGGAUUGGAAGAUGGGAGGAUUUAUGUGUUUAAUGGGAAGCAGGAGGUGGGUGAGGGUGAGGUGGAGGAGUGGAACGUUGUUGGUCAAGUUGAGAAUGUGCAUGAUGCGGCGAUUACGAGGGUUGCGUGGAGGCCUAGGACGGCGGGAGAGGAGGGCGAGGGGUGGAUGUUGGCGAGUGGGAGUGAGGAUUGUUCGGUUAGGAUUUAUGAUAUUAACUUUGCCAAGAAGGGAUAGAGGUGGUUAUAGCAUACG